GCUUUCCCUACGGAAAUUGCUCUCUUUACUAAAAGUUGUUACUUGAAUUUUUCUUCACUAUAUUUAGGCAAUUCCCGAUUUCUAUUGGAUUAGGAAAUCACUUCUUCUCUUACAUGUUUUUUGGGUGAGAGAAAUAUUAUCUUUGUAGUAUUGGGAGAAACUGUAUCUUAUAAAAAGUUGGAAACUAUUUGAGAUUUAUUGAAAAAUUAGAGUCAGCCAAACCCUGUUGACUAAACCUUUCCCACAACUUCUCCCUUACAAAACUUGUUGUUCUUCCUUGUACUCAACUCUCUCACCUACAAGCAGGCCAGGCAGGCUUUGUGCUAAAAACUAUUUGUUCCAACGUUAUUGUUAGUAUUAGUUGUUCCAAACAAAAACAUGAAGAAGAGAAAACACGAGUCGUUGUUUGUUGGAACAUUCCAAAUCAUUGUCCAUACUCUGUUAUUCAGAAGACGCCGCCGCAUUCACCGUCUCCUUCCUGUUAUAUCUGCUGUUUUAUCCGGCGCUCUUCUUUUUUUCUUUGUGUUUUUCUCUCCUCCCAUCACCUCCCACCACCAUCCCCUUAUCAAUCCCAUCUCGUUCAAUAAUGCGACGACGGAGUUUCAGAUGAACCUGCAAAAAGAACAAGUCUUUCGUGUUCCGAUGGGUGGAGGGAGUUUAAGCGGAGACGUAUGGAAUUCGAAGCAAUCAAAAUUCUACCAUGGCUGCAGUAAUUCCAGCAAUCAUUUUCCAAGUGCAGAGGUUAAUACUCAUCCCAAUAGGUACUUGAUGAUUGCAACUAGUGGAGGCUUGAAUCAACAGAGAACUGGGAUUGUAGAUGCAGUUGUUGCAGCUCAUAUUUUGAAUGCUGUCCUUGUAGUUCCACAACUCGACCAGAAAUCCUACUGGAAAGAUUCAAGUAACUUCUCUGAGAUUUUUGAUGUUGACUGGUUUAUAUCACAAGUCUCGAAAGAUGUCAAAGUUAUUCGGAAUCUUCCAACAAACAGAGAUAAAGUCAUAACUCCAUAUACAACGCGGGUUCCAAGGAAGUGCAAUGCCAAGUGUUAUCAAACUCGCAUCCUUCCUAUUUUAAAGAAAAAGCAUGCCGUUCAGCUAACAAAAUUUGACUAUAGGCUUUCCAAUCGGUUGGAUACCAAUAUGCAGAAGCUAAGAUGCAGAGUCAAUUACCAUGCAUUGAAGUUUACUGAUCCCAUAAUUGAGAUGGGCAGAAAAUUGGUUGAAAGGAUAAGAAUGAAAAGCAAGCACUUUGUUGCGUUGCAUCUGAGGUUUGAACCAGAUAUGCUUGCAUUCUCUGGGUGCUAUUAUGGUGGAGGAGACAAGGAAAGGAAAGAACUGGGUAAAAUAAGAAAGAGGUGGAAGACAUUACAUGCAAGAAACCCGGAUAAGGAACGAAGGAAUGGAAAAUGCCCUCUCACUCCUGAGGAAAUUGGUCUUAUGCUUAGAGCACUUGGUUUCGGUAAUGAUGUUCACAUUUAUGUGGCAUCUGGCGAGAUUUAUGGUGGAGAGGAGACAUUGGCUCCUCUCAAGGCUCUAUUUCCAAAUAUUUAUUCCAAAGAAACAUUUGCCAGCAAGGAGGAGUUAGCACCAUUCUCUUCCUUCUCUUCUAGGAUGGCUGCAUUAGAUUUCAUUGUUUGCGAUGAGAGUGAUGUUUUUGUAUCCAACAAUAAUGGUAAUAUGGCAAGAAUGCUCUCUGGGAGAAGGAGAUAUUUUAAUCACAAGCCGACUAUCCGCCCAAAUGCAAAGAAGCUUUAUAAGUUGCUCCUUAAUCGAAAUAACGUGACAUGGGAAGAGUUUGCCUCACAAGUUCGAACGUCUCAAAUAGGCUUCAUGGGCGAACCUAUGGAGGUAAAGCCAGGCAGGGGAGAGUUUCAUGAAAACCCAUCAGCAUGUAUUUGUGCAGAUUCGGAAAUGGAUACCGGUUCUGCUACUAGUAGUGCUAGGAGAGAUAUGAUUGAAGUAACUGAUGGUCAGGUUAGUGAAGAAGAGCAAGAAUGGUCUGAUACAGAAUAUUCAGAGAAUGAACUUGAAAUUUGAUGAAGCGGGCUUCCAAAAGAACAUGAUGCAGAUUCUGGCAGACUUUUUAUAACAGAACAGCCAGAAACGGAGGAUGAUUUUCUUGGAUUAAAAAAAAGUUGCAGAUGGAACUGGUUCUUAGUUUGAGUACUAGCUUCCAUUGAUUGAUAACAAGUAUGGAGCCAAAAUUGUACAUAAAAUCAAGUGCAAGCAAAGAGCUUGGUUCUCCAGUUUAGCUAGUUAUUGGUGCAGUUUUUAGGCUAGAGUAUCAAUCGCAUCGUUGAAUUUAUAUGCAGCAGUUUAAACACACAAAGCGCAGGAUAAGCUGGGAAAAAAAAAAAAACUGUAUGCUGCUGCAUUCACUAUUGGAAUAUUAAUUACUCUGAAGGAGAGGAAAUGCUCAAUUUAUAGGAAGUGGCUUUUCAUGUUUUUUACUUUCUCUAAAGGAAAAAUUAAGUUGUAUAUAGUACUCAAGCUUUUCCAUUGCAAUUCUUUCGACUGAAUAUCUGUCAAUUGCUAUUUAGUCUGCAUUGAUCAUUGGUAAGAGUUUUGACGAAAUUAAUGUGGUCACAAG